AGACAUUUUUGGGGUUUUAGUCAGGUUGUAAAUAUUUGCGCUGAGCGAUAUUCAUUCGGCCACUGAAGGACAAAGCCACGGUGCCAAUUUGAAGAUGAGACGGAUCAUGGUGUUGCCGAUUCUCAGCUUCAUCACAUGGAUGAGCUCGGUCCAUGCAAUGCAUGGACCCAUGUCCGACUGUUGUCCUGUUGUGUCCAACACCAGAGUCCCUGUAAGGAAAAUUAAGACUUACACAAUUCAGUUUGGAGAUGAAUGUCCUGUCACAGCCAUAGUGUUCCAGACAGAGCUUGGAAGUAGAAUUUGCUCCGACCCCCAGAGCGACUGGGCAAAAAAAGCCAAGGUGAUGGUGGAUGAGGCAAAACGGUUGCUUGAGAUGGAACAGAAUACAGAGGCAUCCACAAGUGACUUUGCAUCAACAGUCCCCAGUACAACAAAAGCACCAGUGAAGCAAACAGGAAAUUCAGGAGGCGGCGGUGGUGGCUGAAGUCCAGUGGGAGAAAGGGGAAAUGUUUCUGAUGGCGCCUGCUUGUAACAUUAACAGCAAAGAGAACUGAAAUGUAUUAUUAUCAUGAUUAAACAUCCAGAAUAUAUAGUUGUGAUGUCAGGACUCUGGUCUCUAGUUGGAUUCCAGAUGCCAACCCCACACCGAUUUUACUGCAUUUCCUAGGUGUGUGGUUUAAUAAAGUUUUAUCUUAUCCUAUGUAAGUUUGUGUCGACCGUACCUUAUGUAAACGUGUGCGUAUGCCCGUCAAAAUAUUUUUCACUGUCACUUCUCAAUAAAAUCUUUCUGAGCAAAUA